AUGUCGCCGCCAGCCACAGUCAAGGAGGUCUGUUCGUCAAUGGAAGCUGGGAUGGAAACGAAGAUGGCGUCGCUGGGUAACGACUCGAAGGAUUCGUCGGUGAACGAAGUGGACGAGGAUGGCUCUCUCUCUCUUUCGAUUGAAGGCGAACCUCAGUCGCAGUUGAAGAGGAAUCCGCCGGAGAUGGAGAAGGAGAGAGGCAGUGUUGAGCCUCCUCGCGCGUUGCCAGAGGUGGAGAGGAAGGAGGUCGUCGACGGCGGGACCCUCUACCCGCCGAGGAAGAAGAAGAAGUGGAAACCGGAGCUCGGAGUCGGAACCAAUCGACGACUCCAAGCAGAGCCAGCAAAGGGUCGAAGAGUCAUCUCACUGUCGUUGCGAGGUGCGCGACGCUUGUCGGCAGUUCCACUUGUGGUGACGAAGGUCAGGAAGUCGAUGCUGGAGACCGGCGGAACGGAGAGGAGCGUAGCGGCGUUGAGCACGCUCCCUGGCCGUUGGAUGAGUGCUCCGCCGGCGAAGAAGUCAGAGGAGGCGAAUCGCGACAUUGGCUAUCACCGAGGAUGCGAAGCAGAGGAGCAGAUGCGGCGGGUGUACGCGAUGGUGACCCGAAUCACGCAAACGCCGCGAUCUGCUAUUGUGGAGCCAACGGAGCAAAAGAAGAAGGGAUCGUCAGAGGUGAGCUCGACGGGGACGAGCGUUACCGGAGAGUGGCCACCGUCGAUGGAGGGUUCGGAGCUGAUGACGACCGAAGUCAUGGAAGGCGGCGGCGGCGGCAGACCCUGCUCCCAUACAAGCCGCGGCGACUCUUUCCCUUCCACGAACGGUUGCCGCAGCGAAGCGAAGUGA